AUGGUCUCAGCAAAGCUUCUUGCACUUCUGGCGGGCGCCACUGCCGCCUUGGCUCAAGUCGAGGUUGAAACACGUACGCUCGAUGAGAUCCAUGAAGCAGCCCUGAAGGAGGGUGGCGUUGUCACCUGCUGGCAUGGAGGAGAUGAAAAGAACAGCAGGGAUAGCCUUAAGGCGGCAUUCGAGAAACGUUUCCCCGGAAUGACUCUCAACGUCACUGUUGACCUCUCCAAGUACCAUGAUGGAAACCUCGACCAGCAAAUCCAAGACAAGGGCGUCUACGUAGACAGCGUUAUCCUCCAAACCCUUCACGAUUACCCGCGCUGGAAGGAGGAUGGAUCCAUUCUACAGUACAAACCUCUGGGUUGGGAUCAGGUCUACGACGAAUUCAAAGACCCCGACGGAUACUACAGUGGACUGUUCGUCAUCGCUUGGUCGAACGUGUGGAACACAGCCAAAACCGACGUUUCCAUCAAGGAAUACGCCGACUUCCUGCAGCCGGAGCUCAAGGACAAGAUCGUCCUCACCUACCCCAACGACGACGACGCAGUCCUGUACGCCUUCGACCUGAUCCUCCAAAACGUCGGCUACGCCUGGUUCGACUCGCUCCUCGCCCAGAACCCGCGCUGGGUCCGCGGCACGCGCACGCCCUCGACCAUCGUCGGCGACAACUCGACGCAGUGGGCCGCCACCUUCACCAGCUCGCGCGGCCUCAACGCCGCCGCGCCCUUCGCCGUGUCGUUCCCCGAGACGUCCGCGCCGUUCGUGUCGUGGCCGCAGACGGGCGCUAUUCUCAAGGACGCGCCGCACCCGGAGAGCGCGAAGCUGCUGCACUCGUUUAUACUGUCUGAGGAGUGGCAGACCGCGUCGGGCGGCUGGAGCGCGCGGAAGGAUCUUUCGCCCCAGCCCGCUGCGUAUCCGGAUAUCUUUGAUAUGCCGGGGACGAAUGUGACGGCGUUUGGCGCGUGGAUGGCGGAUCGCGCGAAUGUGGAGAGGGUGCGGUUUUGGUUUGAGAGUAAGAUUGGGACGGCGCAGGGACUCAGCCCGUUGGAGGAUAACCUAUAG